CAUUGAUUUGUUUAUUUACCGUAAAUUUGUUGUAGUUAGGAAAGUUCUUUUUGAAAUGGAUCGCUUUAGAAAGGUGCCAAAAUGCUGUACUAACUCAUUGCGGCCAUGUCUUACGCACAAAUCCAAGUGGAAGCGAAAGUCAAACGCGAUCACAGACGUCAACCCACAGGAAUUGUCCGUUCCCAUGUUGCUGGACAGAGAAUGCCUGCGCCAAGUGAUUGCCACCUACAUGGACAAGCUGUCGAAAAAUCAUCCACAGGCAACAAUGGGCUGUGGCACACCUUCCCCAUGCUUUCAGAAGGUGUUUUCUAUGCUUUGGUAUUUGGACAGCUUCUUUGACGAUAUAAAGCACUGCUUUGUCGAGGCCGGAGCACAGAUGGGUCCAGAUGCAGAGGCGUACGCAGCUUGCUGCAAGAGCAGAAAAAAGAUUGCAAUCAAAGAGCAUAAAGAGCCCUCGAUAGGCCAAAAGCGCGAACGCCGGCCAUUCCAUGCUGAAGCAGAGGCAGACGAAAAGGAGCUGAUAGAACAGCAGGACAGUGGGCAGAGAGAUACGAGAAACCCUGCUAAACACAAGUGGCGCCUCGACCACGAGCAAAGGCUGAAUGAUAAGGCAAAGGAAAGGGAGCUGAGAGAUCAGGAGGACAAGGGGCACAGAGAUACUAGAAACCGCGACCGUCGUCCAUUCCAUGCUGAAGCAGAGGCAGACGAAAAGGAGCUGAUAGAACAGCAGGACAGUGGGCAGAGAGAUACGAGAAACCCUGCUAAACACAAGUGGCGCCUCGACCACGAGCAAAGGCUGAAUGAUAAGGCAAAGGAAAGGGAGCUGAGAGAUCAGGAGGACAAGGGGCACAGAGAUACUAGAAACCGCGACCGUCGUCCAUUCCCUGCUAAGCCAAAGUGGCGCCUCGAGUACGAGCAAAGGCUAAAAGAUGAGGCCGAGGAAGAGGCAAAGGAAAAGGAGCUGAGAGAUCAGGAGGACAGUGGGCAGAGAGAUACGAGAAAAGACAAAGCACAGUCUGAACUUCGACGAAGACAGCAAUUGAAGCGAGCAUCAAGAGCCGCGAAAGGAAUCCAUGAUUCUGGCCCUUAUCAUGAUCCAACUCCCGAGAAGCCGCCAAUGCAAGAGGAGCCGGAAGUGAACCAAGAGGAAAAGCAAUCACAUGAAAAGACCUUGAUGAAAUCCUUUCCCCGAAACAAAUCGACUGCCUCGAUACAUACGCCCUUUGGACACUACAUGGAGGAUACAGUCAAAGAGGAUUCGCAUCGACCCACUGAUCUCUUCGAUAAGAUGCUUAAAAGUGCAGCUGCCGUGGUGCCAGAGCACCAUCCCAGCCUCAAGAGCACCCACACGUUGAUCACCUCCAAGGAUGUGGCAAAACUCAAGGGGCAUCGAAAACCAGAUUUGUCACAGAAGAGACACAAAGCCUACGAAACUCCACAGAGUGAAGACACAAAGAUGCCGCACCAGAGGACGUCGUACACAAAACCAUUACGGGAAAUGCUGCAGGGCCAGGCCGUUACCGAGAGGACUCCUUUGCUAAGCAGUUCGCACCGGAUGCUGUUGGGGAAGAAAGAGGAUUCCAAGAGGAAGCCUACGACUGGCAGUCAGCGUCAGAAAAGAUCUAGAGAUAGGUCUAAAAAUGAACAGGACUCCAAGAGGAAGCGAAUUACUGGCAGUCAGCGUCUAGCAGGACUCAAGAAAGGCGCUACAGGUAGCUCCAAAAAUAAACAGGACCUAAACAAAAUAUCUGAAGAUAGUGCCAGGCAUGAAGAGGACUCCCAGGGGAAGGGUACAACUGGCAGUCGGGGUCAGGAAGGACCAGACUCCAAUAUAAGAUCUAAGGAUAGCACCAAGAAUGAACUGGGAACACGUGAGGGAAGGGACAGUUUUGAUAGCUUUGCCAGCGUCAAUCUGGAGACCUUCCUCAAGGAAAGAGAGAAAUCCCAAGCCGAACUGACGAGGUCCCUCAAUAACCGAGGGAAGAAAGUCAACAUAAUAGCGCCAAAAUUUUCGAAAACCUUUGGGAAAAUGCUAACUGGAAAAUCAGCUGCCAUACCAGAGCUCCACCCGGCCCUGAAGAGCUUCCACAAAAUACCCACAGCCGUUGAUCAAGAGCCGCCAGCACACAAGCGAGCACAUGGCUCGAAGCGUGGAAAGGUCAUUUCAGGAAUACCCGCACACUUGCUCUCCGAAAAGAGAAACGUCUUCAAAGGUCAACGACGACCCAUGGAGGCAAGUUCGAAUGUGCCCAGCAGAUAUGUACGCUCCUCAAUCGGCUCAAUCGCCUCGAUACUAAAAGCGCCAACGGAAUUUGAGGAGGAACCCCUUGAAAUCAAAGCGGAGUCCGACAACAAGACCUUGUAUAAAACCAACAGACAGAAAUUCAAAUCUUCGGGGAAUAUCGCACGUCUGGGUAAGCAUAGGUUAGCUGACUACCAGCCGGAUGAAUUCGUGCCCUACAGCUCCCAAAUUGAACAUGGUACAAGCUCGGAUAUCUUUCGUCAUUUAUUGCUUGGUGAAGGGGCACCCCUUCCGAAAGAGAAAAUUGCUUAUAAAAACCAACAAAUGAAAAAGUUUACGUUUUACAUCAAGGGCUCGAGACCGGAUCGAAAAAUAAUGAGGAGAGAGGGCUCGAAGCACUCCAUUGGCUACCUGUCGCCCACGAGAAGCCUCCUUAGCCGUGCCAGUUGGCUGAGCAAGAAGAGCAUACACAGUAGGAACUCAAAAGGAUCAGUGAUCAGCAUAAUGGAUAUGGCCAAGGCCGAACUGCCCGAUCAGAUAGAUACAAUUAAAGAAGAUACGUUCGAUGAGUUCGAAUUUAUGUUCCGAAACAUGCCAGACCCAUUCCUUACCGACAACGACCAAAAGUCCGACGCUACCUCACCCUCGGCAAUACUCUCAGGUCCCACAUCCAGGCGACACAGUAAAACUGUGCACCGCACAGAAAACACCAAAGAGGAGCGCGCCGCACUGGAGGCGAAAAUCAAGAUGCUCAUGGAGCACUGCGCCAUACGGGAGAUCUCUCAACCGAAGGUGAAGCGUAACUUUGUGGCCGAGGCCAUUGACCGUACCUAUGUGCCGCCGCCAAACAAGAAACCCGAUCCCAUCAAGCCCAAGCCGAGGCCAAGGGAUAAGUACCCCACCACUGUGGAGCUACUCAAAGUUCCCCCUACCCCCAACUGGCCAACGUUCGCUGAGAGGCACCGCCAAAAAUACCAGGCCGAAAUGUCCACAGAGUGGGAAUAUCCACUGUUGGAGCCUGUACAGCCUGUGAAGAUACGUCGCUAUUCAGAUCGCCCCUCCGAUUUCUUGUGUAUAGCUAAGCUGCUGGAGCACAAGAAGACUCUCGAAGACCCUCAUCCACCUGCAAAGGUGGCUGAGCAUGGAGCUGCUGGGGAUGGCCAAGCCGUGGAUGAAGAUCAUUACGAUUGCAACAUCUGCAAUCGCCUUGGAAAGUAUAAACUCGAGCCGGACUCUCCACUGAUCAAGAAGUUAAAAGCUCAAUCGCGACGUUUCGAACUCCGUGCUUACUACCGCCAAAUGAGGCAACGGGAGCUGCAGAAAGGCCUCCGAGUAACUCCUGUAGCUUCCUGUCCAGGCUGUCCUCUGUUUACAGAUAGUCUUAGUCAUUUGUUAGCAGAGAAAGUGAGCUGCUCCUGAAGGCGAUGGAGCGAUGGAACAAAAGAAGCAUCUCGUGUUCACAUGAAACGGUUUGAAAGUGCAUCGUUCGCGUGGCAACACCGGCGAAUGUAGCGCCUCAGCUUUGGACAUAUAAAUUAUAUGUUUGAAUGGCCAAAGGCAGCCCGGAACUCUGGCUGCCAGGUGGGAGUAUAUCAUCUAGUACCUCACCUGGCAGCCAGAUGGCCAGACUGCCUCCGCCAUCCAUCGAAUGUGCACUUCAUUUUUACAAAUACAAGUUUAAACGUUUUUA